ACCUGCGUGUAAUAACGCGAGAUUUGACAUGAUAACUAACGCACCGCACAUGCGUACAUUCUCUUUUCACCAGCGGCCAUUGACGACUCAGCUGGAGGGCCAACAUGAAGUUCAACCCCUUUGUCACAUCUUCCCGGAGGAAGAACCGCAAGAGACACUUUAAUGCUCCAUCUCACAUUCGCAGGAAAAUUAUGUCCUCUCCACUCUCCAAGGAGCUGAGGCAGAAAUACAAUGUUCGCUCAAUGCCCAUACGCAAGGAUGAUGAGGUUCAGGUUGUCAGAGGACAUUACAAGGGUCAACAGAUUGGUAAAGUUGUCCAAGUAUACAGAAAGAAGUAUGUGAUUUAUAUUGAACGUGUGCAGCGUGAAAAAGCCAAUGGUACCACAGUUCAUGUUGGCAUUCACCCCAGUAAGGUGGUGAUUACCAGGCUAAAGUUGGACAAAGAUCGCAAGAAGAUCCUUGAACGCAAGGCAAAAUCUCGCCAAGUUGGCAAAGAUAAAGGCAAAUAUAAGGAAGAAUCUGUUGAAAAAAUGCAGGAGUAAUUAAAUGUUCCAUUUAUGCUACUUUCAAUAAAGAUUCAAAUAACACCCUA